AUGAAAAGCGAGAAAAGCGAGAAAAGCGAGAAAAGCAAGGAAAUAAUUGAAGAACCGACCAAAAAUAACCCUUCCUCUUUAUCACACUCAAAUACCUACUUCUACCCGCUCACUUCCGACUUAACUCCCAAUCUCAACUACUACUACCACUACAACUCACUACAACUCUCAAUCAUAUACAAAAUGAAGUUCUUCGCCCCUCUCCUCCUCGCGGCCUCAGCCAUUGCCGCCCCCGUCGCCAGCACCGCCAAAAACUUCCACCUCAAAUCCACCGGCGCCACCAACCCCGAUCACAACAACCUCUACGUCUACGCAUACCACACCGGCGCCGGUCUGAACGACGCCGUCCUCACCAAGGAUGUCGAAACCGCCAGCCCCGUCUACCUCAACGGCACAAAGGCGCUCUUCGACCUGAAGUCCGACUUCCCAUGGGGGGUUGUAGCCGUCGGCGACACCAACUACGCCUCCUGGGAGCCCAUUCAGAUCAACGCCGGACAAGGCACCGAAGGAUUCUCCGUCAAAGGCAACAACUUCCAGUGGUCUGAGGCCAGCGGGUUCGGUGGAUGGCUCGUGUGUGACUGGUACCACAAUGCGCCCCAGCUGUUCUACCUGAACCGCUUCUAUAACGCCACCAUCCCAUCCAGCUGCAGCAAGGUGCAGCUAAAGGCCGAAUACAUCAAAUAG